GUAGAGAGCCGUCGUAUCGCCCACAUGUCUGUAUCUGUGAAAUGCACCUCUCGCCCAUCAAAGGGAGUUGCCGCUCGCUGCUGCUAUCGUGCAUCAAUGACAACGACCUCGUCAUACUCGAAUGCACCAUCAUGUGCUUCAAAUGCAAUGCAACCAGCGUUGCUGUAUAUGACGGAGCAUGGAAGUACUGGCACACACAGUUUGAACUACUUACCGUCAUCAAACUUAUUGAGGAACCCGAAAUGAUGGUCGAAAAGGACCUUGGCAUCCAGGACAACGUCCACAUCUAAUAACUUCUUU